ACAUAUUUAUUGUUCAUGGUAAAAUUAAUUUUACAGGUUUUAAAGAAAAGAAAAUAAUACUGGCCACCCCUCUAAAUGUUUGGUUGGGUCAGAAUAGUCGCCAUGUUUAUGAAAUGGAGUGUCCAGUGACUUCGGACGGUCUUUGACAAAAGCAUGGUGACAAAAACAACGGAUAAAGUGCCUUGAUUGAAGGGAUACCUAUUGCUGCGUGUAAACACUACAAUGGGAUCCGCAUCGAGCACUCAGAAGUCACGCCCUCCCUCCCUAGACGACCAACCUCGGGAGCUAGUACGACCUCAGGCUGUGCAGAAUAACCAGAAUGAAAAGCUGGAGGGUUUACCACCUAUGAUGCCGCUUCAGGCGGUACAGAACAAUGAGAAUGAGAUACAGGAGGGUUUUUUGCCACUUCAGGCGGUACAGAACAAUGAGAAUGAGAUACAGGAGGGUUUUUUGCCACUUCAGGCGGUACAGAACAACGAGAAUGAGAUCACUCACUCACUCACGGCCCAUAACCUCAGUGGUAGUAGGGGCUCGUCGAUAUCCAUCAGCAGUGAUGAGAAUGAGAGACAGGAGGGUUUACCACCUAUGAUGCCACUUCAGGCGGUACAGAACAAUGAGAAUGAGAUACAGGAGGGUUUUUUGCCACUUCAGGCGGUACAGAACAACGAGAAUGAGAGACAGGAGGGUUUACCACCUAUGAUGCCAAUUCAGGCGGUACAGAACAACGAGAAUGAGAGACAGCUUGUGAUGCUUAGACCUCAGGCGGUACAGAACAACGAAAACGAGAAGCUAGAGGGCGGAAGUCGACGCGUACCCCCCCGUCCGCGACGUCAGGCAGUACAGAACAACGAGAACGAGAAGCUAGUGGCCAAAAGUCAACAUGUACCUCCCCGCCCGCGACGUCAGGCGGUACAGAACAACCAAAAUGAAAAGAAAGAGGCUGACACAGCAAAAAAAGGUGGACAGAAGGCCUUGAGUAGACUGGACAGUUCCUCAGAGUUUGGGCAGGAUGUGAUGAUCAGUUACAGCCAUCAGGACAUGGACUUCAUGAGGAAGAUGAGAGGUUCUUUGGAGGCAUCUGGUAUCAGUGUGUGGGUGGAUGAACAGGGGUUAGGAGCUGGUGUGGACUUUCUCAACAAGAUCGGUCAUGCCAUUGUUGAAGCAAAGGUCUUCCUUUCCUUGCUAAGCCCCAACUCGGUCACCUCUAAAUACUGUAAGGAUGAACUCGCCCUCGCAUACAUCUCCAACAAACCCAUCUUUCCUGUUGCUAUGGCAACAAGAGACAGCCUACGAAAGAACAUGGACUUUGGAAUGCAGCUGACUCUAGCCCCUAUGGAGUGGGUGGACUUCUCCGACAGGGAUAGUUUUGAUGUCAGUUUUGCCGCCCUGGUACACAAGUUCAUCGCUGCAACCAAAGCAGGGGAUGAGAGCAAAGCACCACCAUCCAAAGCUAAGCCAAAGCUUGAACGGCCAAAAACCAGGCAAAACUUGAACAAGAUGACCAGGCUGAACUCCAACCCAAUGGACGAUGAGUCAGACUUCUGGGAGAGAGCCUUCAAAGAUGCAAAGGAUGUUCCAUGGUCAAAGUUCAUAGAGGCUUUCGACAGCAACUAUAGCUCGCUUCUUGACGGUAUGCAAAUCAGCAGCGACUCGGAACACAAGGACUGGCUGAUGACGGUUCUGAAGAGAGAAAUGACCGUAGACAACAACGUCUUAUCGCGGGAAAGCUACGAUGAGUUCUGUUUUGUGGGAGGGGUGAAGCUUCCAUUCUGGCAGCGUGUCCAUGAACAAGCUGUGGAGUCCUACACCAUGAGGGAGGUGUUCCAGAUGGACUCCUCAGUCAGACUCUCAGCUAUUGAAGACUUGGCCAAGUAUCGCAGUAAAGCUGUAGUGGAUGCCCUACUGGACCUACUGAAUGACACUGACCCUAACGUGAGAGCUGUGGCUGCAGUAACCCUGGCCAAGUCAGGCAACGCUGAAGACCAGGAGGUCAUCAAAAGGUUACUUAAGACAUUACAAGACAAGGACAGGCUUGUGAGGGAGAGUGGCUGCAUCGCGCUGGGCUACCUGAGAGCUAAGGAAGCUGUCCCGCAGUUGGUACACCUUUGGAGGAACGACACCAUCUCUACAGUCCGUGAGGCUGCAUCAGUUUCUCUGGAGAAGAUCGGGGGAGAGGAGGCGGAGAAGGCCAUCCACAUGACCAAGGUGCUGAGCGAGGAGAUCAAGCUACUCAUGCAGCAGAGUAUGCAGAAACAGACUUAGGACGAAGCGUAAAUUAAAUAACCUAAGUGAAUAGGGCAAAGCAUUAGCCAAAAUAGCAAGACCCAUACAUGCUUUUCAUUUGAAGUUGUCUGCGCCAUGUUGGAUUACAGUGUACAUCUGUAAAACACACGGAGUUGCUACUAAGCUAAAAGCUAAAGUUGCCCAUACAUCAGAACAAAUAAAAAGGGGGUCUACUUCCCUGAUCAGACGACGCAUCGGGCCUGAGAAACAUGUCCGCUUCUAUUCCCUGAGCCACACAUAGGUGCAAGCACUACAGCAGGGGCUAGUCUACUAGUAGUGAAGUGUGUUUACUGUUUAGCUUCAGAUCCAUACUCUUCAUCGUAGCAGAGAAAGAAGUAUGUGCAAUGGUCCAGUCUUCCAUGGUGGUCUCCCAUCCAAGUACUGACUUGACUGCACGUUGCUUAACUUCCGAGCUCCGCCACAACCGUAGCCUCUGGAGUUGCUACUGCUUGCUCAAAUUUCCCGCCAACAUGGUUGCUGAUUGAAGGUUUCAAAUUAUUAUUAUUAUAACUUCAAUGAAAGGCCUGUAUAGCCAGGUGACGUUGACCAAUCAGAAGUACCAAUUUCAGAUCAGUCAUGACACCAUAAUGCCAUAGAACCAGAAGUUUUCUUUUGUUGUUUUAGCAGACGAAGAUUGUUUAAGUCUGAAUAGGUGCAUCAUAUAUUGUUUAUAGCACAAAGGAGAUACGUGUGAGUUUCACCUUAAAGUUUGUAUAUAUUUUUUCUACUUUUACUUUUUUAUUGUGUGGUGCUUAAUUCUGUAGACUCAAAAUGGUCAUAAUAAAUGAUGAUUUGUUGUAAUGUUACAUGCUUAAAUGAAAAUGAACAAUGUUAUGUUCUUCUUUAGUGCAAUCUUUUUGCUUUGAAAGUAAGAGUCAGAUUUACGUUAAUUUUUGAAUAAUGACAAUGAUGAACAUUAGGAUGUCAAAUCCUUAUGUUUGGGCUUCCAUGUGGUUAUGAAACCUUUUAUAAGUUUAUACGUCAAUGACCCUGUGUGUGUCUGUCUGAAUUUGAUAAUGUUACUAUGUAAAAAUCAUUUCUCUGUAUACAGCACAUAAAUUAUGUAUAUGUAUAAUUCUCAUGUUGAAUAGAUUGGAGCAUGUUAACAUUUAGAUUUUCAAAUGGCUGCUCAGAUAAGUCCUUAUGAUCAAUUAUUUGAAUCAAGAAACUUGGUAUCCAUGCAGUACUGACAUUUCUGUACAAAAAAAAAGCUCGAGAUUGCGACCAUAUGAAUCUAUGGAAAGUGACUUAAAUGGAAUAUGACUUGUUUUAAUGUUGUAUAAUCUAAAUUCUCAACCUUAAGGUUAAAUACCCCUGUGACAUUUGGCAAAAAUCGGACGACGCUUCUGCGGCAAUCGCCCGAGCCUCGCUUAUAAUAAUAACUUUAUUGCACAACAAUUGUACAAUUGCAAGGUACAAAGUAUGGCUUAUAUGUGACAGGGACGGUUUUCAGGUGAAAGAUAUGUGCAACCCUCUGCCGAUCUUAAAUAUGGCCAAUCUUCCAUCGAUACUCCCGAAGAUCGUGGAUAAAUGUGACAGGGGUAUUACCAUCCAUCUCAGGACUUCAGCAACUAUUAAGCUUUUAAUAUAUCGCUUUUAAGGAACUUCUAAUGUCAGUAGAAAAUGGUAAAACUAUUAAUGAGAACACUUUGGUUGUCUCUGUAGGGGCUUGCUAUCCUGAAUUGUACUGAAGAUGGGUUUUGGUAGUGAACAUUGCAUUGUAGUUUCAUCAGCUAUUUACUAAAUAGCCAAACCUUUUAUACAUGUGCUAAAAUGUAUUCAACAAGUGAAUAUUACCUUUUUAUAAUUUCAAAGAAGGCCAGUGAACAGGAUAAAGCCACUUAAAUGUAAUGUCAGCAGUUGUAUUUCAGGAACAUGUAGCUUAGGGCCCCUUCAAAUUUUCAAGUCCAUAUGAGUUGCAUAUUGACAUAAUUUUGGCUUAUGUAAAAUUAUAUAUCCAGGCAGCACAACCGUGGAUCAAAGUAAAAGAAUAACCUUCCCGCAAACCUUAUCACAUGUCAAUAUGCAACCUGUACAAAUUUGAAUAUCCGCACAAGUGUGAACAGGCCUAACAACUACAUGAGGUUACAUGACAAUGACCCUGUGUAUAAAGAGACUCAGGACUUAGACACUUCAAGAUAUUUUGUACCUACAAAUGUAUAAAGGCCCCGUUCUACUAGACAUUUAUUGUUGAGUAACCAUUGAGGAGUGUAUAUUUUCAUAUUAUGUGAGAGCUUUACGUGUACAUUUAAGUGAAAGUAGGUCUAAUGAUUUUUAUUCCAAAUAUAUAUAAAAUCUUAUUGGAGCAGA